AUGAAGAAGCGCAUUAGUUCAACUUUGACCCUUUACAGAGGCUUCAAAAAAUCCCAUCAUAACCUUGUUAACACUAGGAAACUACACUCCAGUGAAAUAUUUGAGGCAAAUAACAAACAGUUCGACGUGGUAGUAAUCGGGGGUGGUCAUGCUGGAUCAGAAGCAUGUACCGGAGCGGCGCGAUCAGGGGCAAAAACUGUUCUCAUAACCCCAAAGCUCGACAAUAUCGGUGUCUGUUCAUGCAAUCCAAGCUUCGGGGGCAUAGGCAAGGGAACUAUGCUCAGAGAAAUCGACGCACUAGAUGGUGUAUCUAGUCGAAUUAUCGAUAACGCUGGCGUUCAGUUUAAAGUUCUAAACCGAAAAAAAGGACCAGCUGUUUGGGGCCCUCGGGCACAAAUCGACAGAAAGUUAUAUCAAAGAUUUAUGCGAUCAGAAUUAGAAUCAUAUCCGAACUUACAGAUCUUGCUUGGAAGCGUUGCAGAUAUUGUGGUGUCGAAGGGCGAUGGCGAGAAAAAAAUAACUGGUGUUCGUUUAGAGUCAGGUGAAGUUAUCAUGACCAAGAAAGUAGUCAUAACGACUGGAACAUUUCUGGGCGGUGAAAUACAUAUCGGUCUUGUUGUCUAUCCAUCUGGUAGAAUGGGAGAAGCAGCGACACACGGCCUUAGCAAGUCACUAAAAGACGCCGGAUUUACCCUCGGAAGACUUAAAACUGGAACGCCGCCCCGCUUAUCUAAGGAGUCAAUCGACUUUAAGCUCAUGGAAAAACAAUUUGGAGAUGAUCCACCUGUACCAUUUAGUUUUCUGAAUGAAACAGUAUCUGUUCAAGAUCAAUUAGUUUGUUAUUCGACCUACACAAAUGAAGCUGCCCAUGAUGUGGUCAGGGCCAACCUGGAUAAAUCUAUCCAUAUAAGAGAAACUGUAAAAGGCCCAAGAUACUGUCCAUCUCUCGAGUCUAAAAUAAUUCGCUUCGCAGAUCGAGACAAACAUAUUAUCUGGCUCGAACCAGAGGGAUUCGACAGUGAAGUUAUCUACCCGAACGGAAUCUCGAUGACCAUCCCUGCCGAAGCUCAGGAGCAGGUGCUAAAGAAAAUCAAGGGGUUGGAAAAUGUCUCAAUUCUACAACCUGGGUAUGGAGUAGAAUAUGAUUACGUUGAUCCACGAAGCCUGAAAUCUACCUUAGAAACAAAAGCUAUUCAAGGUCUUUACUUGGCCGGACAAAUAAACGGAACUACUGGUUACGAGGAAGCCGCCGCACAAGGUAUUGUCGCUGGAAUUAAUGCAGGGCUUUCAUCUCAAUCUAGACCGUCUCUAAUUCUCUCACGUGCCGAUGGUUACAUUGGAAUUAUGAUAGACGACCUAACAACUAAGGGAGUAUCCGAACCUUAUCGAAUGUUCACUUCACGUUGCGAAUACCGCAUGAGUUCUCGAGCGGAUAACGCUGAUAUCAGACUCACCAGGAAAGGUCGUGAAGCAGGCAUUGUUGGUGAUAGGCGUUGGCGUACCUUCUCUGACGAACAAACGCAGAUCCAGGAACUAACAUCUAUCCUUGAGGCGAAAAUUGCCAGCUCACCAACAUGGAUCGAUGCUGGCUUCAAGGUCUCCAAUGGCUCAACCAAACGAAGCGCUUUUGAUCUCCUUCGCGUAACUGGAGUCACUCCGCUUGAUAUUGCCCAUAUCCUCCCUGAAAUAAAUAAUUAUUCGCCUCGGAUUCAAACUCGUGUAGGAAUUGAGUCUACUUACGCUCCGUACAUAUUGCAGCAAGCGACACAGCUCAAUCAAUUUAAAAGAGACGAAUCUACUAAACUACCAACUGACCUUGACUACAACUCAAUCUUCGGGUUAUCAAUGCACGAAAAAUCACUUCUUGAUGCAACAAAGCCAGAAUCACUAGGUCAAGCAAAACGCAUUGAGGGGCUUACUCCCGCAGGAAUUUUACGAUUGUUAGCUUACAUACAAGACCGAAGACGGGCUUCGGCUCGAGAAGCUGCAUUACGAGAUGUUCAAAAUCGAAAGGAGCUAUAUAUCGUUUGA